AUGCAGCCCGUCAACUUCAACCACUCUAGCUGCCCCAAGUGCUCUGCCACCAUCGCCUCCGACUCCAAGACCUGCCAGAGCUGCGGUGCUGUAAGUUUUGACCUUCCUCUCUUGUUCUCUUAUCACCUGCCCCAACUAAGCUCCUUCAACUUCAACCCCUCCGGCCAACGGCCUUAUACAUCGCAGCAAUAUGACGAGACUAUGCUGAAGUGGUGAGGGGUUGUAUGGACGGACGGACGAGUGAAUGAAUGGAUGAAAGAAAGGAAUAAGGGCUUGCUCAAGCAGGACAUGGUGUUUCAAGGCAAGGCGUUGAUGGAGAAGAGAACUGUUCAUGUAUGUCUUUAUUCUAAGUUACAUGCUAGUCAGCUAGGAUAGUUCCCCGUAAUGGAGAGAAUCUAGAAUGGCAAUGGCAUGG